AUGUCUGAUCCGGCAAGGCAAGAUACUUCCAUGUCCUCGGGACACACUCCUUCGGCAACACAGCUCUGCAAUUCGCAGAGCGAGAGCCCCCACUGGGAUACUUCCGGCCCAGCGAGAGAGAGCAACCCAUCUCGUUGGGGUUCGAUGACUGAUGGGCCCACUGAUUUAUCCCCGGAACACUCGCAGCAAGUCCACAAUGCUUCAUCUGCUACUUCUAACCGGGACACUAUAGUUGUCGACCAGGACACCGAUGAAGGCGAGAUAACUGUAGCACUCGGCGCAGAAGUUGACGAAACAAUACAAAGUGAGGCCCACGAUGAAGUUGAAACCCCACCAAUUGCAAAUGCCACAUCUGCAUGGGCCGAGACUCUUGAAGAGCAUGAGAGUGAUGGUAAUCGAGUGCCUUUCUACCCAGGUGAUAAAAGAGGACCGGCUUUUGUGAUAGAUAUUUGCAAACCCCAAAGAUUAACAGACAGCAAUCAUUCGUUUGUUGCCAUGCCUUCGUUAGAGUCCCUCCAACCAGAGGAAAUCGAGUUUCUCCGAUGGAGAGGUUGCUUUACCUUGCCUCCCCAACCACUCCAAGAAGCUCUCAUCAAAGCUUAUUUUCAUCAUUGUCAUUCUUUCGAACCGGUCCUUGAUCCUCAAGAAUUCUUCAAUGCCUAUAGUAAAGGCCAACUCAGUUUACUACUUCUGUGGUCAGUCUUUAUGUGUGCUGCGACUUUUGUUGAGGAGGGUCUGUUUUUGAUGAACCUCUUCCAAUCUCCUCUUACGUUCAAACGUAAUGCCUUUCAGCGAGCAAAGACAUUGUACGAUGCAGACUAUGAGAAGAACAAAAUUACAUUAAUUCAAUCAGUAUUUCUUAUGGGGCAUUUCUAUGCAGAUGCUGAAGAUCGCCUGGGUCCCUGGCACUGGAACGGCAUCGCUAUCAGCCUAUCUCAUACGAUCGGUCUUCACAUGCUGACAUCUCCCUCACGAAACGGUAUUAGGCCUUUGUGGCGCCGUAUCUGGUGGUGUAUCUACUACCGUGAGGUCUGGCUUUCAAUGGGCCAAGGUCGGCCAAUGCGAAUAUCUCUUGAUCAUUGCUCAACUCCGAUGCCGGGACCAUACGAUACGAGUCCUACCAGUUCGCCUGAGUACCAACAAUUUGUACCUGAGGAUCUCGGUACACUUCUUGGGAUAUGGCUAAAGCUGAUAGGAGUGACUCACGUCAUGGGGAGGAUAUUAUCAACUAACUAUACCAUCAAAGGCGCAAGGCCUUCCAGAGCUAUCAUUGAAAGAGACGAGAAUGAUAUUCGAGCCCACUGGGUCCAUGACGAGAACAAUGAUCAGAGUCCAGUACUGGCUUCUCAUAUAUAUCAAUACCGGCUUCACACUCAGGCAGUUAUCAUAGCUCUGUACAGGCCAUUUCUCCACGAGACACCAGACGGGGUUCCAGACAAUGAACAGGACUCUUGGAAAGCGGUUGUAAAAAGCAAGCUUCGGACUGCAGCCGCUCAUGCGACCCAUGCCAUUAAUUGUAUGAUGGCAGAAGAUCUGAUCAAGUUCGCCCAAACGAUUGCGGUGCUCACUAUCAGUCCACCGAUUCAAAUCCAUCUACUGGAAAUGGCAUCAUCCAAGUCGUCGUCUGGCAAACUGGCAAAGCACAACCUAGCCCUGUGCUUGCUAGCUCUGGAUGAGAUGCGAAAGUACUACGUGUCGGCAGAUGCAGCGUACAAGCUAUUUGACCGCGCGAGGAUCAUGGUGGAGAAGUCACUUCGAAACGAUGAAAUAGUUUCGCAAGGUUCCGCAUCCGCGAGUGAAUGCCCGCGAGAACCCCAAGGGAUUGAGACAUCAGAAUGGAUCGAUAACUCUGCCUCUAUGGGCUAUGAAGUUGCAUCUGUGGGGUUGUUUUCUGCUCUAUGGAUGCCAUUUGCGAAUCUCAUACCAGACGAGUCUUUAGAUGGUUCGUUCUAG